AUGGUAAUCAUACAGGUGGGCAAAAACCUUUUAGGAAUCCGCCGGGACAGUAUCGCUGUUGGAGAAGGCAAUGUGAUCGACUAUUUGGAGCACUAUGCCAGUUCCGAUGAGCAAGUGGAUAGAAUCAUCGAGCGAAACUACUCGUCCAUGCAAAAUCUUCGAGCUCACAUUCUCCACGAAGAAGAGCUAGUCGAUCCCUCCGAGUCAGUCUCUUUCAUAGCUGAUUCGGAUGAUGUCUCGGCUAUUGACUUUAAUGUUGAGGUUGAUCACGAGAAAACUCCACACCACAAUUCGACUCACUAUGAGAUCACACCAAUUCCACCCAAACCCAUCCAAUUACCCACCUUCAGCGAUUCCAUCUCCAUUCUUUCCCAAACCGAAUCUCCUCCUCCCAUUCUUCUCCCGCCUUCCCCGCCUCAUUUCACCCCCAAUUCCCCCUCCGACGAAGUCCUCUCCCAAGCCUCCACAUCAGAUUCCGCCGUGACAUCCGAUCCGCUCUGCGAAUUCGCUUCGAACCCCGAAUCCAUCGCGCGUUUCACUCGCCUCAUCGGCCACGAAGACGUUUUCCCCGCGGUCUUCGACUCCAAUAACCGCGGGGUGGACUUCUAUUUCCUCCCAGUUUACUACACGCCGCAAUUGUGCGGAUUCGCACCGGAUUCCGCGCUGAAAAUCGCCCCGAAUUCGGUCAUCGCGGAUCGGUACCUAAUUCUGCGGGAAUUGGGACAGGCCACUUUUUCGAUCACCGUGGAGUGCAUCGACAUGCGAGCCGCGGGAAACGAGCAUUUGUGUCUGAAGAUCAUCAAAAAAAGGGACUAUUUUUUCGACCAAUCACUCGACGAAAUUCGCAUUUUGCGCUAUUUGAACAAUUUGCCGCGCAGCGAAGCCGCGCAUUUGCUUCGCCUCCACGACUACUUCUACAACAAACAGCACUUGUUCAUCGUCACCGAACUGCUCCAGAACAAUCUCUACGAGUUCAGCUGCCUGGCGCGGUCGUUCCCGCGGAAAUACUUCACUCUCCCGCGGGUACGCCGCAUUCUGCAGCAGGUUUUGGAGGCGUUACAAUUCAUCCACGCGCACAACGUCGUGCACUGCGACCUCAAGCCGGAGAACAUUCUCCUCUGCGACAUUCCCGCCGCGCAGGUCAAACUGGUCGACUUCGGCGGCGCCAAUUUCAUCCGGAGCAUUCGCGAUGUCGGCACACACCCCUACAUCCAAUCGCGAAGCUACCGCGCGCCCGAAAUCAUCCUCAAAAUCGCCUUCGACGAGCGCAUCGAUCUCUGGUCGCUCGGGUGCAUCGCUGCCGAGCUCCUCACCGGCGAGUUGCUCUUCGAUAAUUCCAGCGUUGCCGCGCUGCUCACCUCCGCCUCCGCCAUUUUGGGACCGAUUCCCGCGUAUUUGCUCCGCGUCGCGGGGCUGGAAACCAUCCGGCAGGGCGGACGGACCUUCGUGAAGAUGGAGAAGGGGCUCUGGGAGCUGGAGCCGCCGCGGCGCGAUCUGCGGAGCGUGCUGCAGACGGGGGAUUUGGAUUUUGUGGACUUCGUGUGGGGAUUGCUGCAAUGGGAUCCGAUGGAGCGGAUGACGGCGAGCCAGGCGCUGAAGCAUCCGUUUAUUGCGAAGGAGAGGGAGUGCGAGUUGUUUGAGUGGGAGGGAGAGUAG